CUCUAUAGUCUUGUAUAAAAACUACAUGCGAAAAUGUGAACUUUUCGUCGUGUUGAUUGAUUUGUAUGCUAUUUGCAAUUUUCGUAUAGUAAAAGUCUGCCAAGGAAAUCCAAAACUUAUACUUUCUAAACGUUUGCAAACAACAAAUCGCGGUAUCGGUUAGUGUUUUCCUAAACAUAGAAUUUGCAAACCUGCGGAGUGUGCUAGGAGGCUUUACUUUUUGAACAUUUCCAUUGUUUUUUUUUUUGCGUAAAAAGAGCAAAUAUAUUUACAUGUGUAUGUAUGCAUGAUUCUAGUUUAGGAUAUAUGUUUAUUUUAGGUGUACGCAAAUAUCCACACAUAUUUGGGAGUCUUCAAUACACUGUUCAACAGGUCGUCAUCGUUUUACCAAAACACAAACCAUAUAGGAAAUAUCAAAGAAGAAAAUUUCAAUACCAGUAGCAAUGGCAACAAAUAGUACACGUCAACUACUUCCGGAUGUAAAUGGCCAUGACCUCCCUCAUUUCAUUAAGAAAGUUCUGAAUAAUAUAUGCGACUUCUACGAUGAACAGGACCUCAUAGAUGUAACAUUUAAGUUGUCUAAUCCGACCGCUAUGAUUCCAGCACACCGCUUAAUACUAUCAGCGGCAAGUCCAUAUUUUAAAGAUUUAUUCAAAAGCGACAAGGGCCUAACUCCUGUUAUCGAAGUAAAUGACAUAGACAGUGACACCUUUGAACGUUUAAUAACAUUUUGCUACACCGGCCAAACGCUCGUAACCAUCGAUAAUGUGGACGCAAUGCUGAAGGCAGCAAUAUAUUUGAAGUUGGAUGAAGCGGUUGUCGCUUGUGUUGACUAUAUUUUGCAGAAUAUAACUGUGUAUACACUGCAGCGGGCAUAUUGUUUAGAGCGCGAAACUCAGUGUGUACCACUGUAUAAGAAACUGUUGGAAUAUGAAAUAAAUAAUUUCAUGGAGGUGAGUCAUAGUGCUUUACCUCAAUUUCGUACUAUCAUUCCACCAUCUUAAUAAUAAUACACUUACACUUUUGCUAAGUGUUUGGCCGAGCUUCUCCAAUUUGUGGUGUGUGUCCUGAUGUUAUAAGGCUAAUGGAGAAUCAAUU